CCAAACAUAGAAGAGCAGGCUGACUUGUGAUCAUGAUGGCCCACGCCAAAGGAAAUGGUUGGGGAGAAACAUUCAUCCUUGACUUAACUCCUCUCCUCGAAACGAGUCCGAUUGUAAUUCUUCCUCUUCUUAUUAAUUAUUAUAAUAAAGAGAUACAAAGCAAAUUAUUAUGGAGAAAGAAUAUCAAGAGUUUCCUAUUCAUGGCAAGCAGAGGAUCCGGAUUCGCGGAGAAAAUGGAUUCCGCUCUUUCUCAUCUUCUCUGCCUCUUUCUUCUGCUUCUCCCACUUCCUGCCAUGACUCAAACAAACAUACGCUUGGGCAUGUCUCUCUCCACCUCCAGAAACUCAUUAUGGCUUUCUCCUUCAGGUGAAUUCGCUUUCGGAUUCUAUCCACAUCCUCCUACAAAUGACACCUACCUUCUUGCUAUCUGGUUCGACAAAAUACCCGAUAAAACCAUCAUUUGGUCCGCCAAUGGAGAUAAUCCUGCCCAGCUAGGAUCGAAAGUCCAACUGACAAAUGAUGGUCGACUUGUGCUUAUCAACCAUCAAGGCCAAGAGAUAUGGAAAGCCAACACCAGAAACAGCAACAUCACGUCUGCAGCGAUGCUCGACACCGGAAACUUUGUACUCAUCAGCAAUAACACCUCUGAUUCCGCAUGGGAGAGCUUUGCAUGGCCCACCGACACCAUCUUGCCUGGACAGGUAUUGCGUCGGGGCGGCAAGCUUUCUUCUCGCCUAAUAGACAACAACUCGAAUAGAAGGUUCGAACUCCAUUUACAGGAGGACGGCAAAGUCAUGCUCUAUUACCAAGAUCGUCCCACCAGAUCCGUUACCGGUUCGGUCGAUAUGGGACCCGGCAAUGCCUACUGGCAAAGCGAAACUGUAGGUUCCGGUUCCGAUCUGGUCUUCAACGAGUCGGGCAGAAUUUACCUGAAAAAUGAUCGAAAUGAUCCAUUGGACAUAACCCCAAAGGAUUUCGAUCCAAUGGAAGACGUGUAUCUCAGGGCGACGCUGGAUUCCGACAGUAUUUUCAGGCAAUAUGCCACUCCGAAGGCCAGUCAAGGAAGCUGGAAACAGGAGUGGCUGAUCAUGCCUCCUGAUCCUUGCAUGACACUUAAUAUGGAGACUGGAAGCGGAGUCUGCGGGUUUAACAGCUACUGCGAAUUCAGCAAGGAGAAGAAGCAGGAGUGCAAAUGUCCACCUGGGUAUUCUUACUUGAAACCCAAGGACCCGUUCGGUGGAUGCAAGCAAGAUUUUUCUGUACAAGCAUGUCGAUUAGAUCAAUCAAGACUGUUGAAUUCAUUCGAGUUGGUCGAGAUGAUUAACGUGGAUUGGCCGUUGUCCGAUUUCGAACAUUACAGCUCCGCAUCUGAAGAACAGUGCAAACGAGCGUGCUUGGAAGACUGUUUCUGCGCAGUCGCCAUUUACAGAGUCAGCGGUGACUGCUGGAAGAAGAAGCUCCCGCUCUCGAACGGGAGAAUGAAUUCUCAAGUGGAUAGAAAGGCGUUCAUCAAAGUGUUGAAAUCUGACUCAUGCAGAGAGGAUAAGGAGACGGUUAUCCUCACUGGCUCUCUGCUGAUAGGCACCUCUGUAUUUCUCAACCUUCUCUUUCUCUCAGCAAUCUCCAUGGCGGUUUUCUUCUCGUACCAUAAGAAACUGUUUCAGUUCCACCAGGAUUCGAUCCUUUCAGGAAGGAAUCUGCGAUCUUUCUCUUACAGAGAGCUAGAAGAAGCUACAGAUGGGUUCAAAGAAGAACUGGGCAGGGGUGCUUUUGGUCCAGUUUAUAAAGGAAUCCUAGCCUCAGAUUCUAGAAACAUCGUCGCGAUCAAGAAGCUGGACAAGGUGUUACAAGAUGGCGAGAGGGAAUUCAGAACAGAAGUAAGCACGAUCGGUCAGACCCAUCACAAGAAUCUAGUCCGAUUGCUCGGAUUCUGCGACGAGGGGACCCACCGGCUUCUAGUCUAUGAGUACAUGAGCAAUGGCUCUUUAGCGAGCUUACUCUUCAAGGGCCCGACGCCUGGUUGGAACCAACGGAUGCAGAUUGCGAUCAGCAUCGCAAGAGGGCUCAGUUAUUUGCACGAAGAGUGCAGAACCCAAAUCAUCCAUUGCGACAUAAAGCCUCAAAACAUACUCCUGGACGACUUUUUAACUCCGAAGAUUUCUGACUUUGGGCUGGCAAAGCUUCUAAAGACCGAUCAGACUCGAACUCUCACAGGCAUCAGAGGGACAAAAGGAUAUGUUGCAGCAGAAUGGUUCAAGACGGUGCCGAUCACGGCGAAGGUGGACGUCUUCAGCUUCGGGGUCGUGUUGCUGGAGAUCGUUUGUUGUAGGAAGAACGUCGAGUUGGGUUUACAGGACGAAGAGAAGGCGAUAUUGACGGAUUGGGCUUACGACUGCUACGGAGAAGGAAGACUGGAUAUGCUAGUGGAGAAGGACGAAGAGGUGCUGGACGACUAUAAAAGGCUAGAGAGGCUGGUGAUGGUAGCGAUUUGGUGUAUUCAGGAAGAUCCGUCACUAAGGCCGUCCAUGAAGAGAGUUACAGAGAUGAUGGAAGGAGUUGUUGAAGUAGCCGUGCCACCCGAUCCUUCGCUGUAGCUAACUUACAUCAGUUCAAGGCUCCUGUGGACAGAGUUUCUUACUUUUCCACCUUCUAUUCCUUCAUCCCUCAUUGCCUAUGGCUAUCACCCCGGAUUUUACUGCUUGUAGCAAGCAGAAGAUAAAUGCAUGGCCGAGUGUAAGAGUCCAAUUAAAGUAACGCAAUUGCACCGUGGAGCCAAACCCCAGCAUGA